AAUAUUAUUAAAAUAUCUACAUUCAGGAUUUGAACAACUGAAACAAUAUUUCACUGUUUUGUGUAUAAGCGCUGAAAUUGUAUUUAGAAUCUAAUGCAAAUGUAGCAGUUUCCUUCUAGGAACAAUAUAUAAAUAUAAAUGAAUGCCCCUUUCUGUUCAACGUAUGGUUAUAGACAGGUAAAUGUGUUCCUGGAGGAUGGAAACCAGUCGAAUUAGUUCAAGUUACAUCUGCUUCAAAUAAGAAUAGUGCACUGAUGAGAGCUGCGCGCUCACGCGAUGAGCGUCUCGACAGCGUGCGCGCUCUCGCUUAUUGUAGCAGGUUUCUAUGGUUACAGAGUCGUUGUACUCAACGUAGUUUUCUGUCGAUUUAAUUUCUUUAAAAAAAGAGCUUAACAGUUCACAAUGGAUUUCAGCAAACUCGAAGAAAUGAAUCUGACACGUGAUGAAAUAAAUCGUUUCGGUGAAGCUCUAAAAGACGAGAAGUUCCGCGAGUUACUGAACGAAUACGCGACCGAGAUCUCAGACCCCGAGAACAAGAGAAGAUACGAGGAGGAGAUCACACAGCUGGAGAAGGACAGAGGAACGAACGUGCAGUUCAUUCACCCCGAAGCUCAUCACGUGCUGAAGACCCGAGGAGCACGCGAGAAGCGCUUCAUCAAUAUCUGCUCCAAUCAGCUGAUCGAUAAACCCUCGUGUGAAGCGGGCCGAGACCGAGACGGGAAGACGGGCUUCCACUGGCGCUUACCGUUCAGUCUGACACCGGGCAGACCGGACCGAGACGCCUCCGGGAACAGCUGCGUGAUUCAUGACGUCAUCUUCCACCCAGACGCGCUGCACGCGGCGGAAAACAACAAGAGACUGAUGGAGCUGCUCCACAGAACCGCGAUCGGAGGCGUCGAAGACUCCUUCCACAUCAAGCUGGACAGAAGGAAUAUAAAGCAGCUGAAAAUGAAGUAUAAAGGUGUUCCUCAGGCGGCUGUGAUCCGCAGACCGAUUCCUGGCCACGAGCGGCAGCAGAGCACCAGAGACCUGGAGCAGACCCACACAGAACCAGAACCAGAACCAGAACCAGAACCCGAACCCGAACCCGAAGCCUCCUGUGCCGCUCCUCCAGAUCAUGAGGACUCCAGAUCUUCAUCAUCCAGUCAGCCUACUGAACCACAUUACACCGUAAAGUAUCGGUCCGUCGUCGAUCUGCAGGACUACAGGUGCUCCAGAGACUCGGGGCCCGGGGCCCGACCCACAGACAUCAUCAUCACUGUGUCUUUACCGCUGCUGAGAUCUGCGCAGGACGCUGAGCUGCUCGUCCUGGAGCGACGGCUCGUCCUGCAGUCUCACAAACCAGCGUAUAAACUAGAUCUUCCGCUCUCCUAUCCUGUGGAUGAAGACAAAGGAGACGCCAAGUUCAACAAAACCAAGAAACAGCUGACCAUCACUCUUCCUGUUCAGCCAGCGAGGAGCACAGAAUUACAGCAGACCAGAUGUGAUGAGAUGAAGAGUGAGGAGGAGGAAGAUCAGACCAGAUGUGAUGAGAUGAAGAGUGAGGAGGAGGAAGAUCAGACCAGAUGUGAUGAGAUGAAGAGGAGCGAGGAAGAGGAAGAUCAGAUCAGAUGUGAUGAGAUGAAGAGGAGUGAGGAGGAAGAUCAGAUCAGAUGUGAUGAGAUGAAGAGGAGCGAGGAAGAGGAAGAUCAGAUCAGAUGUGAUGAGAUGAAGAGUGAGGAGGAGGAAGAUCAGACCAGAUGUGAUGAGAUGAAGAGGAGCGAGGAGGAGGAGGAUCAGACCAGAUGUGAUGAGAUGAAGAGCGAGGAGGAGGAGGAUCAGACCAGAUGUGAUGAGAUGAAGAGCGAGGAGGAGGAAGAUCAGACCAGAUGUGAUGAGAUGAAGAGUGAGGAGGAGGAAGAUCAGACCAGAUGUGAUGAGAUGAAGAGGAGCGAGGAGGAGGAGGAGGAUCAGAUCCCUCGCACAUCUAAUGAGGAGGUUCUGGAGACAGAAUUAAACUGCAGUAUUGUCAGUCCUUCAGCAGGUGAUACAGCCGGACUACAGCAAGAGCCUUUAGCAUGUCAGUUAAUCAAUUUAACGACAGAACCACAGACACCUGAUCAUUUACAGCUCAUCUGCUCUGUGGAAACAGACAAUGAAGAUGGAACCCACAUCAAUCGAGCGGUCGACUCACCAAAUACAAAGUGUUCCAGUGAGUCUGAGAUCCAAACCCAUGUGAAAGCAAACGCUGGAGAUGAAGACGUCCAUGAAGUGAGCGGCGCCCUGCACACAGAAAACACAGCGAGUGACGCUAAUGCAUUAUUUCCUCACCAGACACUGGACACAGAUAAUACUGCACUAAACCAGCAACUGAAUCACGAGGAGGAUCAGAGCUCUUCUCAGGACGAGCCAGAGACGAGACGUUCCUCAGAAGACCACGAGAGCACAGCGGAGGAACCAGCGUCUGCUGACGGAGUCAUCUUGAGAGAGAUCGAGCGCGACGGCAGAGACGUCUUCAUCUGCAGUCACAAGACCUCGGCCGCUCUGUGCUUCCAGAACUCUCUCUGGUCUGAUUUGGACUAAACUCUCUGAGCUUACUGAUAGCGUGCUAUCUCAUCAUUGGGGUUCUAUAGUCAUGAUAAUUCACUUACUUUUAGUUAACUCAAGUUAGAUGUUUAAAUGUAGAGAAAAAUAAAAAUCUUUGUUUAGAAAUCUACUUAUAAAAAGAGACUGAUCUUUUGGGGGAAUAAUUAAAUAAAGAAAACUGAGAAAAUA